GAAUAUGAAAGUUUUUUUUAACUAGAGUAUACUUGAAAUGUGCAAUAAUAGAUUGCUACAUCGAUCAAUAAUUUGCCAAACAGUAUUGCACUGUUAGAGGUUUUAUAAACUUUUAAAAAGAGAUAUAUCAUUUACUAUUUAUUAUGGAAGAAAACAAAAAUUCAGAUUUUAAGUCUAAAAUCAACUUGGGAGAAAAUUCUAAUUCACGACUCGGACAAUCAAAUUCAAAUUUACGACCAGGAUCGUCUAACUCUAAUCCUCGACCUGGCUCUUCGAGUUCUAUUCCUCGACCUGGCUCUUCGAGUUCUAAUCCUCGACCAAGCCUAUCCAGCUCAAAUCCUCGACCGCCUUCAUCAAGCAGUCAUUGGCAGGAAAAAGAUCGUAAACCUCCUAAAAAACGUUCACAUUCUGAGAAUGAUGAUUGGGGUAGGGAAAAUAAAAUAACUAAAAGAGAAACUCCUGAUAAAGUGAAAAAAGAAGGAAAUUCGGAAUUAGAAGAAACCGAAAAGCCAAUUGAAAAUCCCAGUGAUGUUCCUCUAAUGAAUUUGCAAGAUAUUGCUCUUGCAUCACAACGGUUGGCUGUUGCAUCUAUGUCUCAACAGCCUCAGCAGCAGAUGGCUGUUGCAAUGCCUCAACAGUCCCAACAGCAAAUUAUGCAUCAACAAGCUAUUCCAUAUCAAUCAUUUGGGUAUAAUACUUCUGAAAAUUAUCAUGUAGAUCCUAAUCAGGGGGCGUAUGCUUUAAACCCUUUUCCUUCCAUGAUGCCAAUAAACUCUCAAUGGCCAGUAAGUAAUGCAAUGGCUGCAACAGCUAGUAGUGUUGUUUCUACUUCAGGGAUGGGGAUUUCCAGUGGUAUGGAAAUGGCUUCUCCAGCAAAUGGUACAAUGACUGCAUAUCCGUAUAUGAAUAUGGGUAACAGUGAUGCUUCUUUAUAUGGAAUGGUGCCAACUAUGCCUGGAAUUCCAGUUUAUGCUCCAUAUGCAGUUGUGAAUAAUAUAGAUACUAUAGUUCCCAUGUUUAACAAUCUUGAACCAAUAACAAUCCCUAAUGCAGUUUUAACCCCACCUCUACCAGGAGAACGACGUAGUCGUAGACAAAAACCUCCUGGAUGUAGAACUGUGUUUGUUGGCAAUUUGCCAGAAAAAAUAACUGAAGAAAUUAUAAGAGAUGCUUUUAAAAUAUGUGGACCAAUUUCUGUAAUCCGCAUGAGUAAAAAGAAUUUUUGUCAUAUCAGGUUUGCGAAUAUGGAAUCUGUUGACCAAGCUCUUCUUUUGUCAGGAUUUAGAAUUAGAAUUGAUGAAAGUGAAGAUCCUACUUGUAAUGGUAGAUUGCAUGUAGAUUAUGCUGUUGCUCGUGAUGAUCAACAUGAUUAUGAAUGUCUUGAAAGAGCAAGGCUGCGUGAAGAACGUCAUCGUCAGCAAGAAGCUUUUCGUCCACCCUCACCACCUCCAAUCCCUCAUUUCUCUGAGCAUGAAGCUCAAACUUUAGCUGAUAGACUGCGUAAUGAGGAAACUUUUAGGGAAGGUUUACAAGUAUUAAUUACUUGGUUAGAUAGGGGAGAAUGUAACAAGAAAAAUUCUGGAAGCUUUUACUCAUUGAUUCAAAGCUCUCAUAGUCAUGUGAAGAGAUUACGUAAUGAAAAAAGUAGGUGUGAAGAAGAAGCUGAAAAAGCUAAAGAAAACCUAAUGAACAAAAACCGUUCCAUUCAAUUAGAGAUAAAUGAAAUCGAAAAAGUUUUUGUAGCUGCUAAGACACAAAAAGUAUGGGACCAUUUCACUAGAAGCCAAAGAAAAAAGAUGGAAGAAAUGAAGAACGAUACUUAUGAUUUAAAAAAAACUAAUUCUGAAGAUUUAGUUGUUGAAAGAGUAGAAGAAGAAAUGGAAUUGAGUGACACAGAAGAUAAAAAUGAGAUUGGUGUUAAUCAACGUGCAGAUGCUGCAUUAGAUAGUAAUGCAUUGCUAGAAAAAUGUAGUAACUUGACUGAAGAACUGGAUGCUAUGAGUCAUGCAUAUGAAGAUAUGAAAGGUACCUGUUCUGAACAGCAUGAGGAAAUCGUACGAUUAAAAUAUGAGUUGGAAGAGUAUAAAAAAGAAAAGACUCGCACUGACUCGCCUAUCAGUUUUGAUGAUCAAUUAUCUCUCAGUGACAAUGCUACUCAAUAUAGCCCACGUAGAGUAGAUGUUUCUGAAAAUGAUAUUCAUUUGGCUUCUUUGAUUUCUAUAUUUCUGCAUGUCCAUCCAUUUGGUGCAAGUAUUGACUACAUCUGUUCUUAUUUAGUUAAAAUUUUCCCAGCUGUUAAUGCUAGGGAUAUAGAAAGCUUGUUGAGAAGAUACCCAAAUCAGUUCAAAGAAGUAUGCACUGGAAUUGGUGCUACUUUGGAAAAGAAAUGGACUUAUAUUGGUUUCAGAUUCCAAUAAUUGGUGCUAAUUUGGAAAAGAGUUGGACUGUCAUCAAUUUUAGAUGCUAAAAUUAGAUAAUCAAGUUGGGGGGAGAGAGGGUGUAUAUAAGUCAAUUUUUUAUAUUUGCUGGGACUUUAUAUCUUUUGAGAUAUGAACUAUUCCUGCAAGUUAUUAACUCCUUAUGUGAGAUAACUGAAUCUCUUAUAAAGUCUAUUAACAAGUUCCUUCUAAGAUACUGUUUCAGGGUACUUAAGCUUUUGAAGCUAAGCAGGUUGUGUAUAAACAUUUUAUUUUAAUUGGACCCAAAGUAUUCAAAUGCUGUUUAUACUAAAGGAAGUAUUAAUGAAAGUUUGCUAUGAUACGAUAUAUGUAACCAUUUAUCUUUGAAAUAGAAGACUGCCUUUUCACUACAGAUAUAUAGAUGCGAAAAGGCUCAAGAUCAGAUUUUCGAUGCUACCUAUGUAUGUAUUAAUUUCAAUUACAUGUCUUGAAGGGAGAUCAUCAGACAUCUCAUACAAAAGGUGAAGCUCUAUAAGUGAGACUGAAGAAUAGGACUUCAGAAACAGUCAAUUCUUCUAGUACUGUCUAUGGAUUCUGCAUUUCAGAUGCUUUAAAACAGAAUUUUUUUAAAGACUGAGAUGAGUAUAGAAACAACUUUUUUAUUCAUCCAUCUAUUAAUCAAGAAGUUCAACAAUUGGUUUGCUCUACAAAGACAAUUGAAGUCCGUGGUUGGAAUUGAGUUUUUGAUUAUGGACUCCAUUGGAUGUCUUCAUUCCAUAAGCUUCCAGUAUUGGUGACUGGAUGUCAUCUCAUUUCUAUGUUAUGUUCUUGCUGUGAGAAUCGUCCCCUUCUUAGAAAUCAGUGUACUCGUAGCUGAGAUUGCUUCAGUGUACUCGUAGCUGAGAUUGCUUCAGUGUACUCGUAGCUGAGAUUGCUUCAGUGUACUCGUAGCUGAGAUUGCUUCAGUGUACUCGUAGCUGAGAUUGCUUCAGUGUACUCGUAGCUGAGAUUGCUUUCUUCAAUAUCAUCAUCAAGAAUUUUGUAACAGAAAUCUACUUAUGAAAAUAUAUAUAAACUAUAUAUAUAUAUAUAUAUAUCCUACAUAUUACCUAAGUUAGAAUAGUAGUGUAGGACUAUAGUAUGUUAUUGUUUAGGUUUGUAUUUGUGAAACUUAUGUGUAGUAAGUGUUCGUGACAUAAUAUGCUUCAAGUUCGUUGCAUUUACAAAAGUAUACCAGUGAACCUGAAGCAUUUUUGUUUUUAAAUGUACUAUUGUAAUGAAUAGAAUUAAUGUGCAUUUCGUGUAUUUUUCUUAAAAAUAUCUCUAUGUAAGUGAAUUUGCUUUCUUAUUUUUUCUACUUAUUUCAUUUUAUUUUAAAAUAUUUGCUAUUAUAUAGUGAGAUUUGUGUUUAAUACAUUUAGAAGCUUGUACAUAAAGCUUUGAGUAGUGUUAACUUUCAUUAUGUUCACUUUUUUUUUCCUUCAUAUUUUGUAACGGGUAUUUUAUAAGUUAACAAAUAAAUGUUAGUAAUGCUUAUGUCUGUGCAGUUAAGAGUGCAUUUGAGUUUCUUUUAAUAUAUUUUAAGUGAUUUGUCUCCGAAAGGGAGAAGUUUAUUUUUAUUUCGUUUCUCAAAUAACAUAGCUCUGCAAUUUAGUAAAACAAUGCGAAUUCAUACCAUGUUAUUUGCUUGGUUAUAUGGUAUUUGUCUCAUCACAGACCUCCCUUCUUUUGAACCUUGUUAAGUAUAUUAAGUAUUUGUACUGGUUUGUUGUCAGAGUUGUGAAACAGAUUUUGAUUUAUUGAUUCAUUUCCCUUUUUUUACUAUAUUACACUGAUUCUCUUUCUGUGAUAUAUAGAGAAUUGUAAAAUUUUUAUUACCUACUUUUCAUUAUAAAAGAAAUUAUUCGGGACUUUUCCCUUAUGUAUUUUUUGUAGGUAGCUUCAAUGGCUUCAGAACUCUUUUUCACUUACAGCUUUUGAAGCAACUUUUGAUGGAGUAAUCUUUUUCUAGUUAAGUAUUAUGGAAUUCUUUUUUUAAACUGAAACUGUGUGAAUGAUUGUGAGUUUGAAAGCAGUUUCAAUACUAGUUAUUUCAAUUUUUUUGAAUUUUUUGAAAUCCUUUCUUUUAGCUUGUUAUAUGAUUUAUUAUAGAAUUUAUUUGUUGAAAAUUUUUAAACUUGUGAAGUAGUCUUGAUUUUUCCAGUUUCUCUUAUAAAAUCAUCUAUUUUGCAUUGGAAACGAUGUCAAUUCCUUCGUUGCUAACUUUUUUCAUGUUUGGGGCAUUUUCUAGUAAAGUCUGUGAUUUAAUUGUGUUCUAUUUAUUUUUUGAAGGAAUUGCAUUUUCUGAAUUUGAAAGUUGUGAUAUUAGAUCAGUCUAGUCUAGAUUGAAUCAAUGAUUAAGAAUUAUUUGCUGUAUUUUAUCCAGAAGGUUUUUAUGAUUAUCAUUUUUAUUUUUUAUUUUAUUGACUCAUUUACUGUGAACAUAAAAAUCUUAUUGUUAGCAGAAAGUGAAGAAAACAAAUUAGGUCUAAUCUUUUUUUAAACUGAUAAACAAUGUUUCAUGAUUUAUAUUUUUGGGAUAAGUCUUUAAAGAGUAUCCAAAUUGAAGUUUCUUCUGUUUCUUUUUAUUUAUAUUUUUCUCCAUUUUGUUGGCUUAAAUAGGAUAAGAUUUCUUAAAUUGGUUGCAGUGUCCAUUUAUAUAAAUUGUAGAGCUGUGUUAUUGAUUGCUAAGUUGCAUUUUUUAUAUUUUAUUGUUGAAAGCUGUGAUAUUUUUCUAAGUCAAAUCAGUUAUUUUGAAAAUCUGUUGGUGGUGGUUGUGGUUUAGUAAUACAUAAGCUGUCUGUAAAAUUUCUGACCUAACAAAGAUAUUUUUUUCCUCCAGAAUUACUUUUAUUUGAUAAGUAACAUUAUUUGUAAGUUUACAUUUCUUCUAAAC